CGCCAGUCCAGCCUCUGGCCCUGCCUCCUGGACGGACCUUGGACCGAUGUAGCCUUGUCUCUAACCCUGUCUCUGGCCUCAUCUGCGGCUGCUCCUGGCUGGGCUCCCUGGGUGGACCCUGGACCCGAUUCAUCUCCUCCACCCAUGUGGGGCAUUGUCAGCGGACUCUGCCUUGCCCGCCUUGUUCGGGUCCGUUGGGACUGUACACCGGUCCCUGAGAGGGCCGCCUGCGCUGCGGUCACCCUGGGCUCCUGGCUCAUGCCCUUGAAGAGGAUUCCUGCUCUCGCAGUUCCAGAUAAGAAUUUUUGCCUUUAGGCAGCAGAAAUGGAAAAGCUCUGUCUCCACACAAGCAAAAAUGCCUCCUUGUGAUUUUGUACCUGAAAAAUAUGAAUCCUAUCCAUAUGAACGUAUGAAGAAGAUCCGUGAACAAAAUGUUUCUCCUUCACUGCGAAUGUAUUACAAGAAGCCCUUGCUGCUGCACCAAGGACAUAUGCAGUGGUUGUUUGAUUAUAAAGGACAAAGAUACCUUGAUCUCUUUGCUGGAAUCGUCACUGUCAGUGUUGGUCACUGUCACCCGAAGGUGACUAUGGCUACCCAGAAACAGCUUGCUCGCCUGUGGCAUACCACUAAUAUCUACAUGCACCCGUCAAUCCAAGAGUACGCUGAAAAGCUGACUUCUCUUCUUCCAGAUCCACUUAAGGUGGUUUAUCUAACCAACAGUGGGUCAGAAGCCAACGAUUUGGCUAUGUUCAUGGCAAGGCUAUAUACUCGGAACUUUGACAUCAUCUCUUUCAGAGGAGCGUACCAUGGAGGCAGCCCUUACGCACUAGGAUUGACAUCUAUUGGUCUUUAUAAGCAUGGUGUUGCCAAUGGCUUUGGCUGUUCAACAACAAUGUUACCAGAUGUUUUUCGUGGUCCGUGGGGAGGCAGCUAUUGUAGAGAUUCUCCAGUGCAAACUGUUCGAAAAUGCAGCUGUUUGGAAGGUGUAUGUCAUGCAAAUGACCAGUACGUUGAACAGUUCAAAGAUACUCUGAAUACCUCGGUGCCAAAGACAUUAGCUGGAUUUAUCGCUGAGCCAAUUCAAGGUGUUAAUGGAGCUGUUCAGUACCCAAGAAGUUUCUUAAAGGAAGCUUAUCGGCUAGUACGGGAAAGAGGGGGCGUUUGCAUUUCAGAUGAAGUACAGACAGGAUUUGGACGGACGGGGAGCCAUUUCUGGGGAUUUCAAACACAUGAUAUAGUCCCGGACAUUGUUACUUUGGCAAAAGGAAUUGGAAAUGGCUUUCCAAUGGCAGCUGUUGUUACAACAAAAGAGAUUGCAAGUUCCUUGGCUCAAAACCUUCAUUUUAACACAUUUGGAGGAAGCCCUUUGGCUUGCGUAGUUGGAGCUGCAGUUCUUGAUGCUAUUGAAGAAGAUGGUCUACAAAAAAACAGUGAGGAUGUGGGAACAUACAUGCUACUGGAGUUGGCUAAACUGCGGGAUAAAUUCGAGAUUGUUGGAGAUGUCCGUGGCAAGGGACUUAUGAUUGGAGUAGAAAUGGUAACAGAUAAGGACAGUCGCCACCCUCUUCCAGCUGAAGAAAUCAAUCAGAUCUGGGAGGACUGUAAAGACAUGGGGGUUUUGAUUGGCAGAGGAGGACUUUACAGUCAGACAUUUAGGAUUAAACCUCCUAUGUGCAUUACUAAAAAGGAUGUCGACUUUGCUGUGGAAGUAUUUCAUUCUGCUUUACAGAGACACAUGGAAAGAGCAGCUGCAAAAUAAGUUGAUUUGUUUCCUUACAUUAGAUACACACAGAACCCCUCCUACUUGCCACCCAGACUCUGCACUAAUUACACUGGGUAGGAAAAUCAGAGGCUAAAGAUGAAAUGCUUGUUCAGUAUCAUAAAAGCAGUCUGACAGAUCCAGUGUCUAAUAAGGAAUAUGCUCUAAUCUGUUUUGUAGACAUACAGUUCAGUUCUCCCAUGGUGUUGUGUAUUAGCUGCACACUUAUUCUAGUAUUAGCAUAAAUACACCCUGACUGGAUUAAUGUCUGUCUGCAUCUUCAUCUGAUACCCAAUUCAUCUUUCAUCUAUGAACAUCAUAACAAAAUUGGUAAUUUUUAGAAAGAGGGUAGCAAAUUAAUAAAGUUGUUUUGGGGAAGUACAUACUGUGUGGAGUUUGUAGCAUCCGUAGUCCCCUUGGGGGUGGUUCUGGCACUGCCAUGGAGUGCCUCCUGCUGCUCCAGCUGUGUCCCUUUGUACCACAGCAUUGACAGAUGGGUCUUAAAUAUGUUUUCACAGAAGCACCACAUGCUCCUGAAUGGCUGAGCGAUGGUGUGCUGUGGGUCUGGUGCAGAGCUGGCUGGGACCAAUGAUCCCUGACUGCCUUCCACAGCAGUCACCACAGCUGCAACCCCACCCCUGCUACCAAACCUUGCCAUUUAUACACAAAACAUACGAGCAUUUGUAAAACACACAAGUGAUAAAACCAAAUACUUUAUUUAAAUAAGAAAAAAAAUUAAGCCAAGAAGUAAUACUGCAGGGUUAAGUCUGUGAGAUUUUACUUGCAUAAACCUAGUUAAUCUCUGGCUGAGAAGGACCCUGAGCAGAACAUAACUGGAGGUUUUGAACAGAGUUAAAACCCUUUCUCCUUAUUAGAAGGAUAUACUGUAAUUAAAGCAUGAAAAAAACUGUGCCCACAGAGUUGAAAAGUUUCUGACUACAGUAAUUAUUUUUAUCAUGGAGCUCUAAUAUCAGUCUCCCCAAAAUGUGCUUUUUCUUUUCCUCCUGCUGCUUUUGGGAUUGCAUGGCUCACCUAUUAGUCACAGAGUGGUAGGGGUUGGAAGAGACCUCUGGAGAUAAUCUCAUCCAACUCCCCUGCUUGAGCAGGCACACCCAGAGCAGGGGGCACAGGAACGCAUCCAGGCAGGGUUUGAAUGUCUCCAGGGAAGGGACUCCACAACCUCCCCGGGCAGCCUGUGCCACUGCUCUGGCACCCGCACAGGAAUGGAGCUUCUUCUCAUGUUUAACUGGAACUUCCUGUGUUCCAACUGGUGCCCAUUGCCCCUGGUCCUGUUGUUGGGCACCACUGAGAAGGGUCCAGUCCCAUUGCCCUGACACCCUCCUUUCAGGUAUUUAUAAGCAUUGAUAAGAUCCCCCUCAGUCUUCUCAUUUAGCAAAGAUGCAAACUCUAGCUGGUGAAAUAAGAUGCCAUGUUUCUUUGUUAAAUAAUAAGUUUUUUAGAUGGUUUAGUUCAUUACCUCCUUCAGUUUCCAACAGCCUGCAAGAGCUGCACAUUUGUCAUUUUACUUUCAUUCUAAUUUUAACAUUUGAAAAAAUUCCUUGACCCAGUAAAGGUACUGUGUCAACUUGUCACACAAAACAGCAGGAUGCUUUCAUUCCUCCACGAGUUGAAACUUUAUAGAGGAACCUAGGGAACACAGUAUCAGUGCUUCUGGAAAAUUAUACUCUAGGGGUCUCCUAAACAAAAAAACUACAGCCCUUGCUGAGCACUGCCUUCUCCAGCUGCAUUGACAAUUCCUGUGUAGAAUCCACUUGCACUCCAAAAUCAGGUGUUUUUAAAACUUUUUUUUUUAAGUGGUACUCAAGAUCAGGUAGAUUAUGCGUUCAAACAGAGGUGCAAUACCAAUUCCCACAAUGCUUUUCAUUAAAAGUCAGAAGAAAUUAUGUCACUCAUUUAUUUCUCCCUUCACUUAUUUCAGUAAGGCUUUUCCACAGCACUUUUGUCCAACAUCUGGCAUGCAGGUAGAUGUACAAAACUAACAGGAAUUGUCAAAACUGAUUUGUCAUUUUACUUUUGUCAUUUUACUCUUUCCCUUCUGUCUCCUGUUUAAUGUAAUUAAUUACUUUGAAACGGCCCUUGGGGAUGGCAGAAAAGGCUGUGUUUUCCAUGUCUUAGUGAUUAUUCAUCUUUGAUAGACUAUCAAAGCAGCACAGGUCCCUCUACUGGCUACACUCACACUGAGCCAAGCCCUCUCAAAAGCAAAGUAGCAACACAAGUUUCAAAAUAAUAAAUUAUCUCCUCUGUGUAGGUACUAUAUCCAUGCAAGUUUCAACAGGAAUGCAAGGUGAGUAGCUUUGAAUUACUAUUUCCCCACCCGUAACGUCAAAGCUGUGGAGAUGGUAUGUCAAAUCCAGUCAUUAAAGAAAGGCUGAUAAAACCAAAACAAAGCACAGGUCCGUUCACAAGAUAAUUUUCCUUUUGUUGCAUCUUUUUUCCCAAAAUUAGGACUUGCCUUCUCUAUUUAACUCCAAACACAGGGAGUGUGUACCUUUCAGUUUUGGGAAGGUUUUCAACGUAUGCUUCUGAAGACUGUCACCAUAACAAAGUUCUAUCUGUUUUUACGUUUCUCUCUUUUGCUUCUGGUGUUCACAGCUCCAUUUACAACUGGUGCUUGUGUUGCUUUUGCGUGUCCUGUGGCUUUUAGGUGUUCAAACAGUUUAUUCCGGGAUGGAAACACACAGUUGCAAGUUACACAGUGGAUGGGAACUUCAUUCUGCAAUGAGGGAAAACCCAAAAUGCUUCAUAUUCAUAUGGAAUAUGUAAUAAAUGUAAUCCACUGAUUCGUUGCAUGCAGUUUCUCUUAGGCAAUGAAAUGUAAAUAAGCUGUUUGUUUCUAUCACAGAUAUUCCAUUACUGAUUAAAAUUUCAAGAUGUUGUCUUUCUGA